AGUUGGCGAGGACGGGGAAUGGGAUGUUACCAACGGCAUCCUGACGCUGAGUAACGAGACGAGUUACCAAGUGACGGGCCUUUUCCCCUUUACCGUGUACAGUUUCCGGGUGCUAGCCGUAAAUGCAAUGGGUCGGAGUAGACCCAGCAAGGAAUCCUACUACAUGGUGACGCUCCGUGAGGUGCCUGACGGGAAGCCUACGAUCACCACUGCCCAGAAUACCAGCGCCACGUCCCUUCACAUCAGCUGGCGACCUCCUCACCAUGACACCAUUCACGGAGAGUUCUUGGGCUACCGCAUAGAGUACAGACCCCGUGACCGUGGACCGGAAGCCAUCAAGGAGAUAUACAUCCGCGACUCGAACGUAGACAGCCACACAAUUCAGAAUUUGGAAACUUACACACAGUACCGUGUAUCCCUCCAGGUGUUCAAUCCAGAAGGACCAGGGCCGAGCACAACGGUUCUUGUGAUGACGGAUGAAGGCGUGCCAAGCAAACCCCUGAAUGUAACAGUUCUGCAUGUCACCCAUUCAUCCAUCGAGCUGUCAUGGAACAAACCAGAGAGACCCAAUGGCCAGAUCACCGGGUACCGUCUCUACUAUAUGCAUGCCAACUACACGGAUGUGAAGACCAUCCGCAAGACAGAUCCUCACAUAGAAUUUACUCUCAAAGAUCUGAAACCAUACACGGAAUACAAGAUAUGGCUGAAGGCUUUCACUUGGAAGAAUGAAGGUGAGCCUUCGGAAGCCAUCCGCCACAGAACAGAUAUAAGCGGCCCUAGUGCUCCACGCAUUUUGAAUCUAACCUGCCAGUCCCACGAUACUCUUUACCUUCAGUGGCAGCGUCCUCAAGAGUACUUCGGAGUUAUUGAUCGAUACAUCAUUUUAUUUCGUGAAGAGAGGUCCACAGACUUUGAAGAGGUGGUGGUUUCAGCAUUGGCAGACCAUCCAGAGCCCUCGAUGCUGAUUCCAAAUCUUACUGUUGACACGGUGUAUGAGAUCAAAGUUCGUGGCGUUUCUCAUAGCACUAUCAGCCGUGAAGAUGUGCAAGGCGAGCUGUCUGAACCACGGAAGGUGCAGGUUCAACCCAACUGUGACAAGAUUCAGAACUUCAGACAAAGCAGUAAAAGAGAGUUGAGUGCAGGGAUGAUAGCUGGUGUUGUGUGUGCCUCAUUUGCCGUGUUAUUGGCAGCGAUCUCCUUUAUACUUUGGAGGAAAUGUUUCCAUGCUGCGUAUUAUUACCUUGAUGAUCCUCCAAGGGCACCUCCACCAACACUGGUAGACUGGGAUGCCAGAUCAGAGAAUGGUGGUGUAAAAACAGCCAUUCCUGUUCAUUUGUUCUCCAAACAUGUGACAGAACUUCAUGCAGAUGGCGACAUUGGCUUCAGCAAGGAGUAUGAGGCAAUACAGGCAGCUUCCACACAAGAAGAAUAUCCAUCAGAACACUCUCAGCACCCUGAAAACAAGCAGAAAAAUCGCUAUCUUAAUAUAUUAGCAUAUGACCACAGCCGAGUCCAGCUUUUGCCAGUUCCUGGGCAAAAGCGUUCCAUCGAUUAUGUCAACGCUAACUAUAUUGAUGGUUUCCAGCGGUCACGGGCAUACAUAGGUACACAGGGACCACUCCCUGCAACAUUUGAUUGUUUCUGGCGUAUGGUUUGGGAACAGCAUGUGGCAAUCAUUGUGAUGAUUACCAAUCUUGUGGAGCGUGGAAGGGAAACUCUUAAAAGACAGCCUAAGCUUGCAUCCCAAUGUCUGGAGAGAAAGUGUGACAUGUAUUGGCCUAAGGAAGGGGUGGAAACAUAUGGAGUGAUACAAGUGAGACUGGUGAAGGAAGACGUCAUGGCAACGUAUACUGUUCGCACUCUACAAAUACGACACCUGCGGGUGAGCGAUCACACCUAUAUCAAAGUUAAGAAGAAGAGACAAGGCAUGACAGAACGCUUUGUGUAUCAGUAUCACUACACAAACUGGCCUGACCAUGGCACACCAGAUCACCCAUUGCCCGUCCUCAGUUUUGUGAAGAAGUCAUCAGCUGCCAAUCCUGUGGAUGCUGGCCCAAUAAUUGUCCAUUGCAGUGCUGGUGUUGGCAGGACAGGCACAUAUAUAGUUUUAGAUGCAAUGUUAAAGCAAAUUAGAAGCAAGGGAGAAGUGAACAUUUUUGGAUUUUUACGGCAUAUUCGCACACAACGCAACUUCCUGGUGCAAACAGAGGAGCAGUAUAUAUUCAUCCAUGAUGCACUCCUUGAAGCAAUUGAGAGUGGUGAGACGAACCUUAAUCAGGCUUAUCUAUCACGCUACAUUCACAGCCUACAAACCAGUGAUGCCCUGGAGGAAAAAACAGAGCCAUGGAAAAUGCUUGAGAUCCAGUUUAAGCUUGUAACAUCAUUCCAACCAAAAGAUUUCAACCUAGUAUCUGCCAACAAACCAUGCAACCAGCUGAAGAAUCGUACGCUAGAUCUUUUGCCAGUUGAAAGUGCCAGGGUUCAUCUGACUCCAAAACCUGGAGUUGAUGGAAGUGAUUACAUAAAUGCUACAUGGUUUCAGGGUUUCCACAAGUUGCGGGAAUUUAUAAUCACGCAGCAUCCGCUUGAAGUGACUGCACAGGAUUUCUGGCAGAUGGUUUGGGAUCACAAUGCGCAAACGAUUGUCAUGCUUUCCAGUUCAGAUGACCAGGAAUUUGGCAUAUUCUGGCCAGUAGCACAUGAAGAAAUGGAGGCUGAAAAUUUUAGAGUGAAAUUUGUGGAGGAAAGUGAUUGUGGUGAUUAUGUGACCCGUGACUUCACAGUUCAGUCACUGCAAGAUGACUAUGAACUGCCAGUACGCAUGAUGCACUGUGCUAACUGGCCACACAACUGUAGUCCCAUCACUUCCCUCUUUGAACUCAUCCACCUAGUCCAAGAAUGGCAUCGUGAAUAUCGAAAUGGGCCCAUCAUAGUGAUGGACAGGUAUGGAGGAACAGAAGCGGCCAUCUUCUGUUGUCUUACAACAUUAAACAAGCAGCUGGAAUAUGAAAAUCAUGUGGAUGUAUACAUGUAUGCCAAACUCUACCACAACAAACGCCCAGGGAUCUGGAAGUGCCAAGAUGACUAUCUGCUUCUGUACCAUGCCCUGGAAUCAUUAACUAGCAGCAUGGCAAACGCCAUCCCUCCUCCACCUCCUGCCCCCACUCCUGCUCAACCAGAUUUGUACCUUACAGCAAAUGGGCACAUCAACGGGUUUGUUGGCAAUGGAAAUGGACCAGGUCAAGGAAAUGGAAGUGUGCGGGUGCCUCCAGAAGGCAUGGAGUCAGGAGUGGGCAGACGUGACACACUUGCUUGAGGUGUGCCUGGGCAGUGUGUUUUUCUGGUGAUAUAUUUUAGUGGAUAAAAGACUGUUAAUUCAGUGAGAGACAAGGACCAUGUGUGGCAGCAUGGCUAUUUGCCAAAAAAUAGUAAUAUAAAAUUUUUUUAUAACGUGUUCAUAGUUUUUUUUAUGCUAAGAAAGGCCGUACCGUAUCGUCAGAUUAUAAAGCAUUACUGUCAGUGGUGAGUUCCGACAGGUGGAAAGUUGACAGUGAAACUGACCUGUAGCGUCCAAAGAUUGGUUAUGGUUAGGAAAGAACCAAAUACGUUGUUCUGCAGAAAUAGUUGUCUGUUGGUGCAUUUAACCUUAGUGUUGCAUUUGUAUGUACAUAUAUCUUUGUGUACUCACUUUGGUUUUUGUGUUUUGAAUGGCAUUGUGUGUAAUGUUGUGAAUCCCUUAAGGGAAUCCAGGUUUUCAUAUAUCCUGUGAUUUGACGUUAGGACACCUUCAUUGCAGUCUAAAAGAUGUAUAUCUAUAUAUUAAACACACAAUGUCUUUAUGUUUUGUUAGUGUUGUCACAAUUCAUAGUGUGUGCACUGGGUUGCAUGUCAGUGAAUUAGGUGUCUCACACCGUCUGUACUUCAUUAGUCAUUUGUUGCAGUUAAUGAAAUCUUGUAGUUUCUAGUCCCAGGAAUGCUGGUGUUUGACAGAGCUUUGGCCCACCAAAGGUAAGGGAGUGCUAGGAGGGAAAAAUGGGCCCAAGUGGCAAAGACAUCUGUGGAAAUUGAUGAUGUAGCAUCAUUUUCUCAUAUCCAUAUUCAGAUGUAAGUUGACCAACAUCACUGUAGUCUUAUAUUAGAUGACUGACUACAUAAUUCCUUAUCAGUAAUGAUCAGAGAGAGUUUUAGAUGAUAGACUUCUUACUUUCCAGGAAAUAAGAGAAUAAUUUUAUUUGCUCAGUACAAAGUACAUGUGAUUUGUGUCUGCCUAGUAUCCCUUGUUCAUUCAUUAUAGUAACAUUUCUUCUUUGUUAUUUUUAAUGGAACAGGAACCUGAUCUUAACUUAAAUUCCAUUUGACUCUCAAGGGAGUACAAGUACAAAUGCAGUCGAUAUAUUCCAUAAUGAGACUGGCAUUCUGCACUAGUGACAGUCGGAAGUGUAGUGGGAAAACAUUCUAAACAUUCAUCAUUGUGAACCAUCUCUUGAAUCCUGCCUAUGUCUUAGCUAUGUUAUUAGAGUUUAUUAAAAAAAUAUGACAAAAUAUCUUCAUGCAACGUAUUUGAUAUACAGUUCAUUGUAUAAAAAAUAGAAUUCAGCUUUUUAUAUUGGUGUGAACAAUCAAGAUGGGACAUGUUUCCGGGUCAGUGACUUUAUUUUAGGAAGAUGCAUUUUUUGUCAUUUUCCUUCUGAGUGUUUUAUACUGUAUAUAACUGUGUACAUACAGGUGGAUCUGGAUGCUACAGUUCCCGAUGUCCAAGUGUUCCUAGAAUGAUAUGUUGUAGUCUCACCUCAUGUUAGGGAAGUGAAUUCAUUCCCCAUUACGUUUGUACAGCCGUUUAAUGGUGUGUCAAUCAACUGUGACAGUGAACUUAUUCCAACUUCAAGACAUGCUGAUAUAAUAAAAGGCUUUAUUUGUCAAAUAA